AAAUCUCAAAUUAGUCAAUGCAGCGAAGCAUUUUAUGAAAAAGAUGAAACUUGCUCUAACUCGUAUUUACAUGAUUUUUUAAGAAUAAAAUUAAAAAUAAUUAAUUGAUGGUAUUCUCUGCCAUCACUGGUUUCGCUCGCCGCUCUGCUUGGUGCUCGCCAUCCUCGCCCUCCUCCAGUUUCAGCCUCAUCCUCGUUCGCAGAUUCGCCACCUUCGUCCCCGCCAGGAAUCGGCACCGGAGCUGGAAAACAAUGGCUUCAACGGCGUCAGCUGACGAGAAGCUCACUGCUCCUUACGGCUCUUGGAAGUCCCCCAUCACAGCCGACGUCAUCUCCGGCGCCGAGAAGCGCCUGGGCGGAACCGCCGUCGAUGGCCGUGGCCGCCUUGUCCUUCUCGAAUCUCGUCCCGCCGAGUCUGGACGAGCGGUUCUUGUUAAAGAAGCAGAGAAGCCAGGAGAUGAACCGGUCGAUAUUACGCCGAAAGAGUUUGCUGUGCGGACUGUGGCCCAGGAAUAUGGGGGUGGUGCCUUCAAGAUAUUGGGGGACGUGGUGAUUUUCUCGAAUUACAAGGAUCAAAGAUUGUACAAACAGUCAAUUGCAGAUGCAGCUUCUUGUCCUAUGCCAAUUACUCCAGACUAUGGUGGGCCGCGAGUUUGUUAUGCAGAUGGAGUGUUUGAUUCACGCUUUAAUCGUUAUGUCACUGUAAGAGAAGAUCUUCGCGAAAGUAGCUUAAAUCCAAUCACGACCAUUGUAGCAGUAGGCUUGAAUGACGAGAAUAUCCAAGAACCAAGAAUUUUAGUUGGUGGCAAUGACUUCUAUGCCUUUCCACGUAUUGAUCCUAAAGGAGAGCGGAUGGCAUGGAUCGAGUGGGGUCACCCUAACAUGCCAUGGGAUAAAGCAGAACUUUGGGUUGGCUAUCUUUCUGAGAAUGGGGAUGUACACAAGCGGGUCUGUGUUGCUGGUGGUGAUCCGACACUUGUUGAGUCUCCCACGGAACCCAAGUGGUCCUCUAAAGGUGAACUUUUUUUCAUCACUGAUAGAAAAAGUGGGUUUUGGAAUCUCCAUAAAUGGAUUGAAUCCGACAAUGUGGUGUUAUCACUUUAUUCAUUGGAUGCUGAGUUUGCAAGGCCAUUAUGGAUUUUCGGCAUGAAUUCUUAUGACUUUAUUCAGAGCAAUGAGGAAGAAAAUUUAAUUGCUUGCAACUACAGGCAGAAGGGAAGAUCUUACCUUGGAGUUCUGAAUUGUGGACAAAGCUUGCUAUCUCUGCUUCAUGUUCCUUUCACAGAUAUAAACAAUAUUACUUUGGGGAUUGAUUGUUUAUACGUUGAGGGAGCAUCAGCAGUCCAUCCAUUAUCAGUAGCUAAGGUAACUUUAGAUGAAAAUAAAUCAAAAGCAGUUGAUUUUGAUAUCGUUUGGUCUUCUUCGCCUGACAGUUCAAAGUACAAGUCAUAUUUUAGCUUGCCAGAGCUAAUUGAAUUUCCAACGGAAGUUCCUGGCCAAAAUGCCUAUGCAUACUUCUAUCCACCAUCCAACCCCAUCUAUCAAGCUAGUCAGGAGGAAAAGCCUCCACUGUUAUUGAAAAGCCAUGGUGGACCCACAAGCGAAACACGUGGAAUCUUAAAUCUGAGUAUCCAAUACUGGACUAGUCGAGGUUGGGCAUUUGUGGAUGUUAAUUAUGGUGGAAGCACGGGUUAUGGUCGAGAGUAUCGAGAGCGGCUUUUGGGGCAGUGGGGAGUUGUUGAUGUUAAUGAUUGUUGCAGUUGUGCCAGGUUUUUGGUGGACAGUGGAAAGGUAGAUGGGGAGCGAUCAUGCAUAACUGGUGGGUCUGCUGGUGGGUACACAACAUUAGCUGCACUUGCGUUCAGAGAAACAUUCAAGGCUGGAGCUUCCUUGUAUGGCGUAGCUGACUUAACCUUGUUGAGAGCAGAAACUCACAAAUUUGAAUCUCAUUAUAUCGAUAAUCUUGUUGGAAGUGAAAAUAAUUACUUUGAGAGGUCGCCCAUUAAUUUUGUAGAUAAGUUUUCCUGUCCUACGAUUUUAUUCCAAGGAUUGGACGACAAGGUUGUGCCACCAGAUCAAGCUCGUAAAAUCUACCGAGCAUUGAAGGAAAAGGGUUUGCCUGUUGCUCUUGUGGAGUAUGAAGGAGAACAACAUGGUUUUCGUAAGGCUGAGAACAUUAAAUUCACACUGGAACAACAAAUGGUAUUUUUUGCGCGUUUGGUUGGACACUUCAAGGUGGCAGAUGAGAUUUCACCAAUUGCCAUUGAUAAUUUUGACUAAGCCUCUGCUGCAAGAUAUCCAAUUCACUUUCUGUAUUUCUGAAUAUAUGAAGUCAAGAUUUUUGUGCAAUCUGAGUUUUGCCAGAGCAGUAAAUUUGCUUGUGUUCAGGAAGUUUGUGUACCUGUUUUUAUAGAAAGAUGGCAAUGAUUGGGCUUGAAACUUUGUAAAUGAGAUGUGCGUUGACAUUGAAUGGGGCAACCACUUUGCAGUUCUUUAAUCUUGUUAACUCAAACUCUACAAUUAUCAGUUUGAUUUUCAAUCUUGUUGUGUGACAGUAGAGAAGACAUUGUUAUUGUUUAAUGAGUUGAUAGACAUUGUUCUUCUUGGUCC